UCUACUUGAAUCAUUUCAAGCCACAUCAAAAACCAACCACAUCCUUAAGAAAGUGUGUUGUUGAGUAUUGUGGUCUGAGUGAGGGACUAUGGCACCAGCAAAAGGAUCAUCCCUCACCCCAAUCCAGGUGGAGAACCUUCAAUUUCCUGCGUCUGUCACCUCUCCAGCCACCGCCAAGUCUUAUUUCCUCGGUGGUGCAGGGGAGAGAGGGUUGACGAUUGAGGGGAAGUUCAUAAAAUUCACUGGCAUAGGAGUGUAUUUGGAAGAUACAGCAGUGGAUUCACUCGCCACCAAGUGGAAGGGUAAGAGCUCACAAGAGUUGCAGGACUCCCUUGACUUCUUCAGAGACAUCAUUUCAAGUCCCUCUGAGAAGUUAAUUCGAGGGUCCAAGCUGAGGCCAUUGAGUGGCGUGGAGUAUUCAAGAAAGGUGAUGGAGAAUUGUGUGGCACACAUGAAGUCUGCUGGAACUUAUGGUGAAGCAGAGGCCACAGCCAUUGAAAAAUUUGCAGAAGCCUUCAGGAAGGUGGAUUUUCCACCAGGUUCCUCUGUUUUCUACCGACAAUCAACAGAUGGAAAAUUAGGGCUUAGUUUCUCUUUGGAUGACACGAUACCAGAAGAAGAGGCUGUAGUUAUAGAGAACAAGGCACUCUCAGAGGCAGUGUUAGAGACCAUGAUUGGCGAGCAUGCUGUUUCCCCUGAUUUGAAGCGUUGUUUGGCUGAAAGGUUGCCUAUUGUGAUGAACCAGGGUCUUCUCCUCACUGGAAACUGACAAGAUUGAAAAGUUUUGGCUGCUGCAAAAGAUAAAGAACUUAAGCUUUUUGAAAUAUCGAAGCUUAAUUUGUUUGUGUAUCUUUUACCUUCCUAUCAAUAAAGUGAUCAAAGUGUGCUAUAUUUUCUA